AUGCCAGCCUCGACGACCGCGACGUCUUCCACGGACACGGUGUCUCAGAAACCGGGACUUGAGGCUGCCAUCCAUACAAGCGAUAAUCGAGGCUCGCGCAGAGAUUGGAUGUUCUGGUGCAUCAUCUUCUCUCUAGCCAUCCCAACGCUAUUGACGGCCGUGGAACUUACAGCCAUUGGGACUGCUCUUCCAGUCAUUGUCAGCGAUCUGAAGGGCACACAAUUUGUCUGGGUCGGUUCUGCAUAUACUCUGGGCGCCACCGCACUUCUUCCCUUCUGUGGCGGUUUGGCACAGAUCUUUGGCCGUCGCUAUGUCAUGUUGGGCGCACUCCUUCUCUUUUCGGCCGGCAGCGCUGUGUCCGGUGCGGCCACCUCAAUGAACAUGCUCAUAGCGGGUCGGACUAUACAAGGCCUAGGGGGCGGAGCUAUUACCGCCCUCGUCCAGAUCAUCUUAGCUGAUCUUGUACCAUUGCUUGAAAGAGGGACAUUCAAUGGCAUCAUGGCUUUGGCUUGGGCAAUGGGCGGAGGAACAGGUCCGGUCAUUGGAGGCGCACUUGCUCAGGCAGGCCAAUGGAGGUGGCUCUUUUAUCUGAAUAUUCCUAUCUGCGGCGUCGCAGCUGUUUUGAUUGCAUAUUGCCUACGCCUACGUGUUCCGAAGGCUCCUCUCGGAGAAAAGUUACAGACUAUUGAUUGGAUAGGGAAUGCCCUCAUCGUGGCAUCGGCGACAUCCGUCGUUAUCGGCCUUUCGUGGGGUGGCGUUCAGUACAGUUGGAGCUCUGCGCGCGUGCUGGCUCCUCUAAUCCUUGGCCUAAUUGGUUUCAUUAUGUUUGGCGUGUAUGAGGCGUACUUCGCAUCUCAUCCCAUUGUUCCAACAUUCUUGGUGAAAGAUUGCACGGCGCUCAGUGGAUACGUGCAGAACUUCAUCAUGGGCAUUUUGAUUGCAGGGCUGUCUUACUGGCUGCCUGUCUACUUUCAAGGAUGCAAGGAUGCCGGUCCCAUCGCUUCGGGCGUUGACAGUUUCGGCUUGUCGUUCAGCAUCAGCCCUACGUGCAUCAUCACUGGCAUAACAGUGCAGAAGUCUGGCAAAUACCGACCACAGAUGUGGUUUGCGUGGUGCAUAAUGAUUCUCGGCACCGGUCUCCUCAGUUAUCUCGACGCAGAUGGCAGUCGUGGGCAGUCGUUUGGGUUCCAGAUACUUGCCGGCGUCGGUCUCGGCAUCAUCUACGUCGCCGCUUACUUCCCCGUCUUGGCUCCGAUCCCAGUCACGAAAAGCACACCGGCACUCGCUUUCCACACCUUCUUGCGUAACUUCGCUCAGGUAUGGGGCGUCACCAUCGGCGGCGCCGUUUUGCAAAACGAACUCCACAAGAGACUGCCCUCCGCUUUCCUCUCCCAGUUCCCGCAAGGUUCGGAAGUGGCGUUCGCCAUCAUCCCGACUAUCCCUGUCCUUGAGCAACCUCUCAAAGACGAAGUUCGGAAUGCCUUCGCUGGAUCCACCCAAGUCGUCUGGCAAGUUCUCGCUGGUAUCGGAGGCAUCGGCUUGAUCGCGGGCCUAUUCAUGAAGCAGUUGCCCCUGCACACCUCCGUUGACGCUCAUUGGGGAAGAGAAGAUGCCAGUAGUACUUCUGUGGAUCUGGAGAAGGACACACCCAAGCAGGCAAGCCCGUGA